AUAAGAUGCAACGUCGUGGCUUCACUCUCUUCAUCGAACUCUUCCUGCCACUCCAAGCAUCUCUUGUUUGUUAUUUUUUUUAUCCACAUGACAGUGGUUGCUUCUUUUGCAACCUGUGACCUGUAUGUGAGCUUAGCCAGGAUUGUUGUAGUCCAGAAGCAAAAGACAAAUACAUAACGAGGUCAAGAGGACUGAAGUGGGUACAUCGAAUUGGACGUGAUUUCAAUUUGAUCGAGACCAUGACAUCGUAUUCCAUGGUAGUCACUGUGAUGUUGGCAGUGGUGCUCCUGGCGGCGCGAGACACAUUCGCAGUAGAGCACAAAGUAGGAGGCGCGCUAGGAUGGAAUUAUCCCCCCAACCAAGGAGCUGAGUAUUUUGCAAACUGGGCUGCUCAAAAUGCCUUCCAUGUUGGUGACUCCCUCUCUUUCGAGUACAUCGCUGGAACGCAUAAUGUGGUGCAAGUAGACCGUUCCGACUACGAUGCCUGCACUGUAACUCGACCCAUGCAGUUGUACAAUGCAAAUAAGGUAAUCGUGAACCUUCCUAGGCCAGGCACAUACUAUUACAUCUGUGGUAUCAAGGGCCACUGCGAUUACGGCAUGAAAGUUGCUCUCACUGUGACCUAAACUUCCAUAACCGGGUCACAAGAAGAAUGCAGAAACUUGAAUUUCGAGGGAAGGGUUGGCUUGUACUACUAAUACACGUUUUAGGCUGUAGAUCCUGCUAUUCAAAAUAAACUAUGGGCUCCCACUUGGAUCUUUAGUGUUGUGGCUUCAGUGUAUAUUGGAGACUAGUUAGCGGCAAGUACAAUACAUCCUAGACACGGCGAUGACUGUAAAUUUCGUAGAGACUUCAAAUUUAACAGAUUUGUAAUUUGUGUAAUGUGUGAAUUCGAAAUAUGGUGAUCCGAUUUGGAAGGUGAGACAUCUGCAGCAUAAAGUAGAAGGAUCAUUUCAAAAAAAAAAAAAAAAAAAAAAAAAAA